AUGGCUUGCGCAACCACUAUUUUGCUCCGUGCAUUGAAGCCAGAACAUAGCAAUCCUCGUCACUCUCCAAUACGAUAUACUAUUUGCAUUCAUAGAUGCCCGUCAAGACCUGUCAGAGCUUCACGUCGCGACUGGUCACGGAGGUCGAAUCAUAGCCUCACUACUCUUAGCCGCAGGCGCAAAUAUCGACAGCGGUCAAUAUAUUCCAACACGACUCCGCUUAUGCAUGCCGUUCGAGCCGACCAACGUCAAAUGGUCAGGUUUUCCACUGGAGCGGGGUGCGGUGGAUGA